AUGCCACAGAUAGCCACUGAAAAAAGUCCUAUAUUGUUACGCUUUUAUGAUUUGGUUGAGAAGCAUAAUGAUGAGAUUGCAGCUCUGGAAACAUGGAACAUUGGAAAGCUUUAUGAUCAGGCUGCCAAGACUGAAUCACCUAUGUUUGUGUGUUUAUUUCGCUAUUAUGUUGGGUGGCCUGAUAAGAUUCACAGGAUGACAAUCCUAGUUGAUGGAAAUUACCAUGUCCAAACAUUGCAUGAACCAAUUGGUGUAACAGGACAAAUUAUACCUUGGAAUUUCCUUCUACUUAUGUUUGCUUGGAAAGUUGGACCAGUACUAGCAUGUGGUAAUACCAUUGCACUGAAGACUUCUAAGAAAACACCGCUAACGGAUAUCAUCGUGGCGAAACUACUUCAUGAAGUAAGGCCAUGA